UGACAUAUUUAAGUGUGCGCUGCUAGACUGGCGCAAUUUGUGCGAAAUAAGCGUCCAGUCUGCACACUGUGCAAGGUGGGUGUGAUAGAAAGCAUAUUUGUCAGCGUGUCGGACAUAUUUGUCAUUUGCAAACCCGCCAGUACCGUUUCAAGAUGGCAGCCCCUGAAGACAUUCAGGUCAAAGAGCUGGACAAGCGAGCUUCCGGUCAGGCCUUCGAGGUUCUUCUCGGUGCUCCCGCCCCAGACGCUAAGGGAGACUUCCCCCUGGCCCCUACGAAGAAAAAGGACGUCUCCCUGGAGGAGAUUCAGAGGAAGCUGGAUGCUGCAGAGGAAAGACGCAAGAACCAUGAAGCAGAGGUUCUGAAGCACCUGGCUGAGAAACGUGAGCACGAAAAGGAAGUUCUCCAGAAGGCGAUGGAAGAGAACAACAACUUCAGCAAGAUGGCGGAGGAGAAACUCCAACAAAAGAUGGAGGCCAACAAAGGCAACCGCACGGCCAUCAUGGCAGCAAUGAAUGAAAAGUUCAAGGAGAAAGACAAAAAAUUGGAAGAGGUGCGAAAAAACAAGGAAAGCAAUCCGACCAACAUGGAGGAAGAUGCUUCAGAAGACUGAGUUGCAAACAGGAACCUUUGUUAUUUGGAUUUGUUUCGGUAAGCCAGUGUAUUUGUGUGCACUCCCCACUUGAAGUAGGAAAACGUCCGUUUUGUGAUUGAUUUUUUUAUAUUCUUAAGCUCGAUGUGCUGAUUCCGUGUGGCGAACCACCCACCUUUAGUACCCGCUUAGUCGGAACUUUUGCGUAUUCCCACAUGUUUCGGUAUCCUAACCCGUAGGCUCCCGUGUGGGACAGUCCCGUCAUUUUCCUUCAAGCACAAAUGGGUCCUGAUUCCUAUGGCUUCAGCCUGGUUAUUCCUGGUCGUUCUGAAAAUGUGCUUCGUCUCGAGUCCUGAUUCUGCUGAUAAAAACCUGGUUUACAUGUCAAGCAUGGAAAUGUAUGGCCUUGUUUCAUGAACGAAAUCACCUGUGGAGAACUUCAUCAAGAGCAAUACACCCCAACAUCCGCAUCACGUCAUUAGUUGUACUCCAACGACGCGAAGGCACCGUUUUCCUUGUACUUUAGAUCACGCCGCGUGUUGAUGAGUCAGUGUUUAACCUGCCGUGUGUAAUCUCUCUCUGUUUAACAGCACAGUUUCAACGUUUGAAAUAAACUAUUUGCACUUA